GCCUUGGGGGCUUUUGGUGCGAGUCGGCUUUUGUUAAUCUAAAUGGUUUAGGCGUUUGUGAAGUGACUUUAGGGAAAAGUGUGGUUCCUUGCCUGCUUGGAAAUCUACAGUACUUACUACACGUUAUUGUUCUAGGAGUCUAGAUCCAAGUAAGGAAAAUGAUGGAAGUACCAGCCAUGGCGAAACAGCCUAUUAAGGUAACCGAAUGGCAGCAGAACUACACGUAUGACUCUGGAAUCCAGUCCGGUGCUACCACUACAGCGCCAUCCUUGUCUAGCAAAGGACCACAUGUUGAUGAAGUGGAAUCCUACAACACUUACUCUGUUAAAACCACCACAUUUAAACAAGGAGGAGUCCCACCACCUGAUUUGGAAUCACAGUUGGCUAUGACUCGUGCCCAGCGUGUCCGUGCUGCUGUAUAUCCAGAGACUUUAGAAAAUACAUCUGUACUCAUGACUACUCAGAUCGACCCCAGCCAGCAGACUAAUGUACAGAAAUUGGCCGAACCUUCUCAGUUGCUGAAAACUGCAAUAAUUCACCUCAUUAACUACCAGGAUGAUGCAGAGUUGGCUACUCGAGCGAUCCCAGAGCUCACAAAACUGCUGAAUGAUGAGGAUCAGGUUGUGGUAAGUAAGGCUGCCAUGAUUGUUAAUCAGCUGUCCAAGAAGGAAGCAUCUCGUCGUGCUUUAAUGCAGUCACCUCAGAUGGUGGCAGCUGUUGUCCGCACCAUGCAGAAUACCAGUGAUAUGGAAACUGCUCGAUGUACUACCAGUAUCCUCCAUAACCUGUCUCAUCACCGAGAAGGGCUGCUGUCCAUCUUCAAGUCUGGUGGAAUCCCUGCACUUGUGCGAAUGUUAAGUUCACCGGUGGAAUCUGUACUGUUCUAUGCAAUUACCACUCUGCAUAAUCUGCUUCUGUACCAGGAGGGAGCAAAAAUGGCAGUACGUUUAGCAGACGGACUUCAGAGAAUGGUACCUCUCCUCAACAAGAAUAAUCCAAAGUUUCUGGCCAUCACAACAGACUGCCUGCAGCUCCUGGCUUAUGGUAACCAAGAAAGCAAGCUGAUUAUCCUAGCUAAUGGAGGCCCAGAGGCCCUUGUGCAGAUCAUGAGAAACUAUAAUUAUGAAAAACUACUCUGGACAACCAGCCGUGUCCUGAAAGUUCUAUCUGUCUGCCCGAGCAACAAACCUGCCAUUGUUGAAGCUGGGGGUAUGCAGGCCUUGUCAAAGCAUCUGGUGAGUUCAAGCCCACGUCUUGUCCAGAACUGCCUCUGGACACUGCGAAAUCUCUCUGAUGCAGCUACAAAGCAGGAGGGACUGGACAGCCUUCUGCAAACUUUGGUGAAUCUUCUUGGGUCAGAUGAUGUAAAUGUACUCACCUGCUCAACUGGCAUCCUUUCUAAUCUGACCUGCAACAACAAUAGAAACAAAACCGUGGUGACGCAGUCCAAUGGCAUUGAAGCCCUUAUCCACACAAUUUUGCGAGCUUCAGAGAAGGAGGACAUUACAGAGCCAGCGGCCUGUGCUUUACGCCACCUGACAAGUAGGCAUAGUGAUGCAGAGUUUGCCCAAAACAGUGUACGUCUUCACUAUGGCAUCCCUCCUGUUGUUAAACUUCUUGAUCCACCACACCAGUGGCCAGUGAUUAAGGCAACCGUUGGUCUGAUUCGUAACUUGGCUUUGUGUCCUGGUAACCAUCCCCCUCUCCGUGAUGCGGGUGCUGUUCCGCGCCUUGUCCAGUUACUGGUCAAGGCUCAUCAAGAUGUCCAGAGAAAUCCAUCUGGAACCCAGCAGCCAUACACGGAUGGAGUGAGAAUGGAAGAGAUUGUAGAGGGCUGUACUGGUGCCCUUCACAUUCUGGCUCGUGACCCAGAAAUCCGAUACGAGAUCUGCAGAUUGAAUACCAUCCCAUUAUUUGUUCAGCUCCUGUAUUCUAAUUCUGAGAAUAUCCAGCGUGUUGCAUCCGGUGUGUUGUGUGAACUUGCUCAGGAUAAAGCCGCUGCUGAUAUAAUCGAUGCAGAGGGGGCCUCUGCACCCCUUAUGGAAUUGUUGCAUUCCAGGAAUGAUGGCAUUGCCACAUAUGCAGCAGCUGUAUUGUUCCGUAUCUCAGAAGACAAAAAUGUAGAUUACAGAAAACGCAUUUCAAUGGAAUUGUCAAAUUCCCUUUUCAAACAUGACCCUGCUGCAUGGGAAAUGGCCCAGAACAUGCCAAUGACAGAUGGAUAUGCAGACCAGGGAAGAUAUCCCCCUACAAACUUUGAUGUUGUAUAUGGUGAUGGCGGUGACCAUGACCUAAUGGAUGAUUACCAUGAUGGCUAUAAUGAAGGGACACUGAGACAGCAAUACACAGAUCAGUUUAUCUCUUAAAUCAUGUCUAAAAGUAAAUUAUGCAAAGUAAGUGCUUCCUUGUGUUAUA